AUGGUUCCACCAUCACCAACAACUUCAUCUCCACCAUUUCCAUUUCCCUCAUCAACAACAACCAUCCACACCAUCCCAGUAGUUGCACUAUUAGGUACUUCCGAAAGUGGUAAAAGCACAAUUUUCAAAAGUUGUCGAUCGUUAUAUGGAAAUGCUCAAUUUUGUAAUUUUCAUUCAACGCAAGAAAAUCGAAUUUUAAUUAAAACUUCACUUCAGUAUGAAAUUGUUCAUCACAUCAAGAGGGCCAUAAAAUUUAUGGAACAAUUUGUGGCAAACAAUAGUUUACUUUCUGAUAAUAAUGGCAGCAGCAACGCAAUUACAAGUGCUAGUAGAGAGGCGGUUUCGAAUACAUCAAUGCCGAAUUUAGAGAGAAAGGCGAGUACGAGACAUGAUAGAAGACUUUCUGAUGAAUUGAUAAAUCUUGUAAAGAGCAAUCCUUCACAAUUUAGUGAUCGUUCUAUACUUUCGAAUAGUUUUGAUGAAAAUGCUCUUGGUGAUGAUUCCUUGUUGGGAAUUAGUGCUGUUAGCACUGCAAUGAGACAUUCUAAACUAUUAGAAACAUCAAGUGCUUCUACAUCUUCAUCAGGUUUGUCUCCUUCCUCUUUAGGUCAAUCAAGUCCAUUAACUUCAAAAACAACAAGUAACGAUUCUCAAAAACCAUCACUAUUCAAUAGAGGAAGGACAACAUUUGCCAAUGAUGAAAUCAAUCAACAACAACAAUUUGAUGUGAAUAUGAAUAUGAGUAAUGAAAAUAGGAGAAGAAAUUCACUCAUUUCUUCUUUCCAAUUCGAAUGGAACAAGGCAGAGGAAAAGAUUGUGAAUAGGAUCAAGUUUAUUUCGACCAAGACGAUGAAUGAGAGAAGUUGGCAUAUUGAUUAUGAAGGAGGUUUGAAAGAAUUGAAAUCGGAUAUCAAGGCAAUUUGGAGGAAUAAUGCUGUGAGAUAUUUAUUUAUGAAUGCUACGGAUUUUAAUUUUCAUAUUAGUGAAAAUAUUGUCUAUUUCAUGAAGAAUAUCAAUAGAAUUUUCAAGGAAGAUUAUAAACCAACUGAAGAUGAUUAUUUUAAAAUGAGAGUGCAAACAACUGGUAUCAAUUCAGUGGAUGUGAAAAUUAGUAAAUCCACUGUUGUGAAAGUCUACGAUACUGGUGGUGAGAGAUGUGAAAGAAAAAAGUGGGCCCUUCUAUUGGAAGCCAAACCUGAUGUGAUUGUUUAUGUGGUUUCAGUGGCUGAUUUUGAUGUCAAUUCGUGUGAUCAGAAAAAUAAGAACAAACUUCAAGAAUCCAUUGAAGUGUUAAAAUCUGUUUGUCAAGAGAUGAAUAUGAGAAAUUUGGAAUCUGAAUUUGUAAUUGUACUCAACAAGAUGGAUGUUUUUAAGGAAAAGAUUGAGGAAAAGGACAAGUCAAUCUCUGUGAUAUUUCCAGAUUUUGAGAAGCAAGGUUUCCAUGUUUCUGCAUUCACCACAAUAACCGCAUCGACAGGAGGAAUUAAUUUAUCAACAGAACCACAAAAUGUUUUCGAUAAUAGUAGGAAAUAUAUUGGAAGAUUGUUCUAUAACAUUAUUAGAACGGAAUUGAAGUCUAAAAAGUCAAUUCACAUGUAUGAAAUGUCUGCAAUUGACAAGUCAUUUGUCAAAUAUUUGUUUGAGGAGGGUUUAGAUUCUAUAUUGAGACAGUCAGACUCAAAUCCACCUUCACUAAAGAAUGAUAAUUUAAAGAUUCUUCUCAAUGAUAAUGGAGUUUCAGAUGUGUUGAGUAUUUCAGGAAUAAUGAAGGAUUCAGGAAAGAAGAGCGCCAGUAUUCCAAAACCAACUGUCAAGAAGAGAGGUUUCUCCAAUUUCAUUUCGAAUAUUUUAAAGAGACCUUCCUCACAAAUUCAAACCACUUCACUUGUACCAAAGCAACACUUAUUUGACAGUGUAACGGAAAAUGUACCAACUGGACCACCAAAGCGUCCACAGAAACUCAUUACCAAUCCCAAACUGACACCCGAAGAAGAGGAAGCAAUCAAAUCAACUCUUGAAACAGCAAUUGAAAGUAAGGGAACUGACUAUAGUGAAAAGUAUGCUAUCAAGAAACGUAUUGGACUUGGAGCUCAGGGUGCUGCCUAUAUAGUUUCUGAGAAGGAUUCUACUGAAAAGAAGUUCUAUGUCAUGAAGAGAAUCAAGCUGAGAACCAUACAAGAAUUGAAUCAGAACUUUAAUGAAAUCAAAUCUCUCUAUUCAUUGAGACACGAGUAUAUCAAUUCAAUUCAUGACUUUUUCGUUGAACAAAAGGAAUCGACAAUUAUUGCCGAUACUAUUGGAGUAGGAGCUAGUGAAAGUGAUGCAGGAAAACAAGAAUAUGUUCUCUGUAUUAUUUUGGAGUUUUGCAAGGGAGGAGACUUGAGAAUGUACUUGGAUAGGUUCAAGAAGAAGAAUGGUGCAUCCUCACUUGUCAGUCAAACACUGGUAGUGAAUUGGUUGAGAAAAUUGACUGCUGCUCUAGUUUUUAUUCAUACGAAAGGUUAUCUUCACAGAGAUUUGAAACCAGAGAAUAUUUUCUUCAAUGAUAAUGAGAGAGAUGAGUUGAGAAUUGGAGAUUUUGGAUUGAGUUGUUUUGUAAAAUCUGUGGAAAAUGCCAAAGUUGGAACAGAGUGCUACAUGUCUCCAGAGCAAGCUAAAGGACAGGACUAUUCAGCAUCGAGUGAUAUUUGGUCCCUAGGUGUUAUCAUUUUAGAAAUUCUUUCACAGAGAAUGACCGAUGUUAAAGAGGAAUUAUCCAAGAAUCCAAACUUUGUCAGUGAUAUUUGUAAUGAGUUGAAGGAUAUUUACAGUGAAGAAUUGUUGGACUUUGUUCAAAUGACUUUACAAUUGGAUCCAGCUGCUAGACCUUCAUCAAGUGAACAAUUGAUGGCUCUUGUGGAAAAUAUCGAAUAA